CAUACGCUUACGUUUUCACUCAUUGCAUAGUAUUAGUGUUCCAAUAUAUAUUUGUGUACGUACUCGUUUUAUAUUUAGCUCAAGUGAAGCGAGCGUGUUUACAACGGAAAUUAUAAAACUCAUUUCACCAAAUUAAACAUAAAUCCUGAUUUGAUAAAUCUACUUAUAAUCUACUGACAUUGCAGUAAAAAAUGAAAAAUUUGGUCGUUAUCUUUGUAAAUUUCUUUACAUUUUGGAUGGCCAUAGUCCAAACCAAGCCGGUUCCAAAGUGCGGGAUAUUGCCAGAUGGAUACAAUAUCACUAAGGAGCAGUAUGUAGUGAGAGUGCGCCGCAGUAUCCCAGAGGUAGACGCUGUCAAUCCGGACUACAUGAACGGGGAGGUACCGUCUGGCCAGGAGGAGCAUGCAGAUCCUCAGCAGUCCAUCAGUCAACUGCCAUUGGUGGACCAUGUGGACACUCUGUUCAGCAGCGGCAAGGAUGACAAAAUUGCGCAGAUGUCACAGGAUACGCAGGAACAUGAAGGCAGCCAUGAUUCUCUAGCCCGGCAAGAGAAGUCAGCUGUUGAGGGUUUAACUAGCGACGAGCAAGCGGACUGCUAUAAGCAGCAGAAUAUAGAUACACCGGGAGUUGAGGAGUCUAUAAUGAAGAGGCAGAACUCAAGGGGAAUGUCGAUCGUGGAUAUGUCUCAGAGACUACAACCGUCGUUUUCCCGUAACCAAGCCACUAGAGACAGAAGCUGGCGACGUAACAAUAGGAUAAAAGAAAAGGAAGAGAUAACGUCUUUGUACUCUGAGCCGCAAAAGGUAGUGAGGAUUAAAAGUGCAAAGCAUGGUUUUCGUUCUAAGGUAGACGAGGCUGCCAAGGAUACUCCCAAAAGGGUUUACAAACCUACAGGAAUCCUGCCGCAGUUUCCAGUUUACGAUGAAGACAUCGAUUUCCAACCCGAUCCCUUACAAGGUAUCCUUGAAGACAAAUACUGGCAGGAUCAAGAAGAUCAAGAAGGAGUUAUUAGAAAAUAUAUGGAUCUUGCCAUAAACAAUAUGAUGCCCCCGAAUUCGGAGAUUGAUAAGCGUGAUGCAGAGAGAACUAAUUAUCAAGCGAAGAGCAUCACCAGCAAUCUGGCGUUUAGGGGUGAGUCCAACGAGAGGGAGAGAGGCUGUCCUUGUAAAGAGGUAGUGGCUUGUGGUGAAUGUUCGAAGGGAAAAUCUAACAAGAAAUCAAAUUUCACAGAAGCAGAAGAUGAAGUUCCGUUCGGUAGAAAUCUCUUGUCUUUGGACAAUGGAAAGCGUGAAGAUGUAGAAGAUAACAAUGACGUUUCUUCUUUCAAAAAUAUAGCUUUCUUAAAUCAGUAUGAUUCUGAUAAAAAGACGCAUAUUUAUAAGAAGAGCAUUCCAAAUUAUUCCUCAAAUCUCCUGGGUAGAAAACUGCUUUCAUUUACAGACGUUGACAGUGACUACGAUGAAGAUGGUGAAGAAAACUAUGAAGAUGAAGUAAGUGAGUCUAGCUAUAGAAGGCUACGUUCUUAUGAUGGAAAUCAAAAUCAUAAGAGGACUAAAGUGUUCGGUAGAAAACUGCUUUCAUUCACAGAAGUUGACAGUGACCUCGAUGAAGACGGCGAAGAAAACUAUGAAGAUGAAAUAAGUGAGUCUAGCUAUAGAAGGCUGCGUUUUGACGAUGCAGAUCAAAACCAUAAGGGGUCUAAAGUAUUCAAUGUAUAUAGCACCUACGAUGAUAAUGUCAAUAAUAUCCAAAGACUAAAACCUUAUUACGAAUAUGUUGAUAGUGAGCCUGUUAUUGAGCACCAGGAAAAUAAAGAUACUGAGGAUGCUCAAGUUCUUGAUGAGUUUACAAACAAUAAGAAGGCAGAAGAUACCGCACUCAUAUACAAUCCAGCUGUACAUAACUUGCCUAAUAAACCUGCUCAGUUUUACACACCAAAUAAAUGGGCUAAUAGGUUACAAAAGUUUCUUCAACCGAAGGAAAAAGGACCACAUACCAGAACAAAAGGAGUAAAUAUGACCGAAGAAUUUGCAAUUGUGCAAAGUGAAACUUUAAGAAAUGCUUCAUUAGUCCAGGCCACUUACAAACCAAUUAAUAAGACUACACCACAGCCACUUAAUACGACAAUUAACAUCACAACAACUAUCAAUCUUGAAAGCACAAAUCCCCCAAAAGGAAGAAGGAGUUAUUCAGAACCUUUUUUAUUUGAUUUACACAGGAUUUCAAAUUUGGCUGAAACUUCAGACGACGCUGUGGCACGAAAUAAUUUAAAGGUUAUCAACAUGACAACAAGCUCUUCGCAACCGUCAAACUCGUCAGAAGUGCCUUUCGGAAACAAUACUCUUGUAUCAAACAGCACAAAUAACGUUACAGUAUCUCAAUGGAAUAUUACGUCAGUAAGUUCCGUUGCAACAACAAAGGCAACGGUCACGCCAACCGUUAAGAAGAAGGCAAAAUUCGAUGAAGAAGAAACUAUAGAUGCUGAAGUAGCCAAUGACAUAGUAGAAACCGUGAUCGCAGAAUCACAAAGAAGCUCCGUGUUGGGAAAUAGCCUAGGACUCUGUAGAAGAAAUGAUUCCUUGAAUGUAAGGUACGGAAGGGUCAUUCCAGAGACCGAGAAAGUACUCAGGACUGUCACAGAGUGUUUGAUGAAGAGGUUGAAGAACCACUUGGCCAAACAAAGCUGCAUAAUCCUCGAUUCUGAGUUGCUGGAGUUCCUUCAGUGGAUUGUGCUCAAAGGAGAAUCCAGCAAGGAUUACGUUCAGAGAAGUUCGGGCAAGUUUCGCAUCCCCAAGCCAGCGGCGCCCGCAGUCAAUCUUACUACUUGUGGUCCUGUCGUGAUGGCCUCCGAAUCAACCUCGUGCGACCCAGCUCUGGAGGCUCCACCACCACCUGAUCAAAUAGUAUCCAACUUCAAUAACUCUAUGCCAACAUAAUGGGCAUUAAAACAACUUUGUCGGUGACAACUUUGUCUUGAAAAGAUAUAAAGGUUUUUUAGAUUCAUCCUCUUGAACUGAAUUGAAGAGCCAAAUACAUUCUUACUUGAUUAUAACUCGUGUCUUUCCAUUGCGGUAUUUCAAAUUAUAAUGUUAAUCAAUGAAUAAUGAAACAAAUGAACGAACGUAAACAUAUAAGUAAGUCAGAAGCAUACGAUUAGAUUCUUUAUAGAAUUUGGAGAAACAUGUUCUGUGUAUACAUUAAUUCGCUCUUAAUGCUUUCGAUAAACAAUUUUUCUGUAUGUAAAUGAGUAAUAAAAUCUUAUUGGAUAUUGGA